AUAGAGAAAUAAAUGUGAAGAGAAAUACUUGAUAAACGAAGAACAAAAAGAGAAAAAAAUGUGAAAUAAAUGUUGGAAUAGAAAAAUAAAUGUAAUAAACGUGGAAAUAGUGAAAAAUAAGAGAAACUCGUGAAAAAAUCAAGAAAAAUACCAAAAACUUAAAGAAAACGUAAAAAAAACGGGAAAAAUGAAAGGCAGACUGAACUAUACUCACCUUCCACCACUCGUCCACCUCCUCCUCCUCCUCCACAUUUUAACCCAAAAAGUGGAGGUUAGCGAGUCCACCAGCGUGUGCAUCCACCACCUGGGCUGCUACCGUGACUCCUUCCUCCACCUCCACCACGUCUCCACCUUCCACUCGCUCCACACUGAGAGAAAUGCUGAAAACUGUGUCAAAUUAUGUUUACAGAAGGAUCUAAGGUCACAAAUCGUCUUAGUGAAGCUAGUUAGCGUGGAUGACCUCUUAACCUGUGGGUGUGGAGGUCACGAGGCCCUAGGGAACAGAUCUGGGUUGACCUUUGACCUUUCCAGCUGCUACCUUUGUCCUGACAGCCUAAGAGAGCAUUGUGGGAGUGAAUUGACCUCCAGUGCCUAUCAAAUUAAUUGGUUUAAGGGAGAUCCAUGUCAUAGGGUCCUUGUGAUACCCCCUGCUAUAACUACUACUGCUACUGCUGCUACUGUUACUGCUACUCCUGCUGCUACUCUUAAGCCACCAGUAAACUCACUCCUAACUGCUCCUAACCACGAUUCUAAGGCAAUUUCUGGUGAUUCUAAGGGUGGUGAUGGUGUUAAUAUCAGCUACCUUCCUAACUCUGUACCUAACGGCUCUGAUUAUCCUAACACCUCUUCUGAUAACUCUAACUACCUUCCUAACAAGUCUAGUGGUCCUAACUCCCCCAAAACACAUUCUAACGAGACUAACAGGCAUUCAGAUCCUAACUUCACGUUCCUAACUGGUCCUAACACCUCUUCUGACAAAUCUGACUACCUUCCUAACAAGUCGAGUGGCCCUAACUCCCCCAAAACACAUUCUAACGAGACUAACAGCGAUUUAAACCGUAACACCACAUUCCUAACUGCUCCUAACUUACACUACAUUGGCUGCUACGAUGAAGAAAACGUGAAUCAGUCCUUAGUGGUGACAAUGGUGGUGGAAAGUGGUGGUGGUGGUGGUGGUGAUGGUGGUGACGUUCUUAACUUCUGCGAUACUAACUGCACCAAGACAAAUCCAGCCUCGGAGGUGCUGUUGGUGAAGGUGGUGAGCGCGGACUCCUUCUACUGUGGCUGUGGAAUGUCUGCAGCGCUGCCAACUGUACCGAGUAAGGACAUCAGGGAGGCCACCACAACAACAAGCAAUCAGUGUGUUAUGAGAUGCGGGGGGGGCAGCACGUCCGUUCCCUGUGGUGGCUGGAUGGCUGUCUCUGUCUAUGGGAGAAAUGGCCAGGAUUCUCUCUCUCUUUCUCUCUCUCUCUCUUUUCUCUCUUUCUCUCUUUUUGUAGUUAAUUUUUUGAGUUGAUUUUUUCUCUCUCUCUCUCUCUCUCUCUCUCU